CCUACCACAGAUUUGUCGGUCUCUCUUUUCUCUCUUCCAAAACUCCCAUUUCGCCGCCACUUCUCAUCGCCCGAACAGAUCGGACAUCCAUGGCUCCUCAAUGCCAUGUCACCCAAAAAAUUGCAUUCUGCCACCGCUUAUUCUCGACCGACGCCGCCGCCACUUUCUCCGCCUCUAUUCUCCGAUCCCGACUCCGACGCGUCCUCCCUCUCCAGUUCAUCCGCUCGCACACCAGUAACGAGGCCGGCUCUACCGAUCCCAGCCCUCAACAAGCUCACCGACAGAGUCCAAGAGGCUAUGGCUUCGAUUGCUGCAUCAAAAGAAGCUGAUAUUCAGGCUGCUAGAUUGAGGCAAGUCGGCGAUAGACUGGAUCAGCUAAAGAACAACAAUGGAUUUCUUCACGACCUUCUUCGAUUCGCGAGCGUGAGCUGGCUGGAAUUACAAGUCGCUAAGGAAUUUCCGGCAGAUCCCCCAUUGUCCAGAUGCAUCUCAAUCAGGUCUAUUUAUGUUACAUACUCCUCAUGCACCAUGGUGAAUUUGACCAACACAACCACACAACCAAACAAACUGAAAAACUACUAUGUAUGCAUUCCCCAGACACUUCUAUUAGCAAGAAUAUUCGAACACUGUUGUUUUGAUCAAGGCCGCUGCUCUGUCGCAAGUCUGUUGUACAGUUGUAGAACAAGGUAAGUAUUGACCAACACAUACAUUGGUUGAUAAUUUCGAUGGCUUGGUUUGUACAACCUAAGCUUAUUGACUGAUACAUUAAUGUUGCUUGUUAACCAAAUUUUUCUUGAAUCUCGGGGAAUGAUUUGAAAUUACAUUGAUGCAGGUGUGUAAGAAAUGGAAAUUAUGACGAAGCUCUUGAUUUGGAGGCAUUUGCAUAAAAAAUUACUACGAUGCGCCCAAAGU